ACACAGUGCGUGGCAGAAAGGUGUUUUUCACUGUCUGCUAGCGUUCGAGUGAUACACUUGCGGGUAUACUGUACGCCACUUCCCGCAGUUUUGUGUCUGAAGAUUGAGCCCUGUGGCUUCGAAAUCGAUAGCGAUACGAAAACAAUAACAGGCAGCAUGUUGAGCACCUUGGCGAACUACCUCCUGGGCAGCCAGUCGUCCGAGCAGGCGGCUGUAGCACCCGAUGUCAGGCUGCGUGCCAUUGAGACUGAUGAUGACUGGCUGCUAGUCGAAACUGCUGGUGCCACAGACACCUCUAUCUCCGCCUCCGCCAGCUCACCGCCACUGUCGCUGGUACUGCGGCCGUCCGGCACACCGACGCCCACGGCUGCACGGUCGCGGUCCCUGUCGCGUGCCUCCUCUGCGUCGUCGCUGCCCUGCGAGGACUCGUGGUUCGUGACACCGCCGCCAUGCUUCACGUCAGCAGGACCCGUGCACAUGGAGACGUCACCAUUGGAGGACCUGCUCAUCGAGCACCCCAGCAUGUCCGUGUACCAGCGCUCGUGGCCGGCACGUGCUCCCACCACCGUCCCGCCACCAGCUGCCCCCGCGCCCGCCCCCCGGCGUUCAGAGUCGCUGCCCCCACCGUCACCAUCGCCUGCGCCGCGCACGCCAUCACUGUCGCCAUCACCUCCCCCAACACCUGCAGUGGCACGCCGCCCCCGUGAUCACCACUCGCCCCCGCCGCCACCUCCAGCCGCCGCUGUGCAGCCACUGCCCAGGCGACACAAUGUGUACGCGCUGCAGCACCGCCAGCAGCAGCAGCUGCUUACGCUCAGGUCCAGUCAGAAGGUGCAACAGCGCAGAGCAUGCCAAAUGCUCAAGAGAAAUCAUCUUGAGCGCCAAAACAAGGCUCGUGAAAAUAAUUCCAGGAAGAAAGUACUGCGACGCUCCGACUAUAUGCAACAUCACUCAGGGGCAAAUAACAAUAGAAAGUGCUAGCUUUAGCUCACUUAUUCAAUGAUCUCACACUCAGUAAAUGAAAAAAAAAUUUUACUGGGUGACAAAAUAUUGUAAAUUUAAAAAUACCACAAAAAAGUGUUCACUCUGAUGUCCACACAUCUGCCUGCAAUUACAAAUGAACAUUUGCAAUUUAUAUAUGCUAACUGAAGAGUUUCUUGUUAAAUGUGGCACAUUAGAAUAAGUGAAAUAAUUUUUAUUAUGAUAUAUUGCCUGCACAAUGAUAUGGUGCAGAACUAAGUAAUAAUAUAACUAGCAGCUAUUGUUUUCUUCAUUAUUGUGAUAAAAAAAUCUAAAUGGAAAUAAUAAGCAGGGCCUUCUACUUAUGAAACUGCACGUAGAUGUUAUACAGUGAUGUCUCAAAUACCAAAACAUAUGUACACACCUGCAAGUACAUAUAUUUACAACAACAACAAAAAAAAACUUAUUAAAAGUGAGACAUCCUUGUUUGUGUUACUAAUCAGGAUUUUUUGGUUGAAGUGUUAGAGAACAUGUGAUCCUUAAAAUGGAGGCCUUUUAUACUAAUAUUUACAAUUAUUUUGUAGAAAUGUUGUGUUUAUUUUUCAACUUUCUUCACUGUUAUUUGCGAUGGAGUCCAUUAACCACUUUCAUGGCGAACAGUGUUUGUCCUUUUUUCUGCAUAUGGAUGUUAAAUAGCAAUUACAUAUCUCAGGAAAGUAAAGUUCUACGCAAUAUGUAACUAUUUUACUAUUUCAGGAAGCAUAUUACAUCUCAAAUAAUGAAAACUGCUGCAAUACUCUGGCAUGGAUGCAGAUAUUCUUAUCUUUAAAAUUGUAUAGCUCUUCACAUACACUUUGUAUUUGGUUAAGAGAGAUUCAAAAUAACAAAAAGGAUUUCUCAGUUCAACCGCUUACAAUAGUCAGUGUGAAGUUCCCAUCAUUCUUGUUUUAACACAAUUAUACUGCCUUUUAAACAGUUAUACAUUUUAAUACCACUUAAAUUAUAAGUGGCUUUUAUUUAUGAUAAUUGUGUAUGUAUUGUGAUAUUUAUACUCAAAUUGUAUAUACUCUAAACAAGCAUAGGAAGUAACUAGCUUUAUGAUGCCUGUAUGUGUGUAAGCUGAAGUAGUACAUUAUUCCAUAUCUUACAACUCUAAAAGAAAUAGUGAGCUUUUUAUAUGCAGUUUCUUGCAUACUUCAACUAUUUUUUUUUUCACUACUGAUGCACUUUUAUGUGAGAGAGGUGGUAUUACUAAAGCACAACAAGUUAUAACCUCCAUGUGCACUGUGGUUCCUAAUCCAAUUUAUCUUGGCAUUAAUCAGUGCACAUUCAGACCCUAGAACUUCUUUUUAAUGUGACACACCCUCUGCCAUUUAAUCUUGUCACUACACAUUUUGUUGCUAGUUCUGAAAGUUGUCACCUGGGACAAUAUGAUUCAAUAACUUUAGCCUUUUGGGUAUGAUCUGUCUUCUUUAUUUAACACUAUAAAUGAAAUGUACCCUCUGUUGAUAAUACAAUGUAUCUAAUGUCCAUUAUUCUUCUCAGAACUCAUAUACAUAAAGAGUAAGUAACCUCUUAUUGCAGAUGACAGCAGUAAAUGCAAACCAAACUGUCCAAAGACUAUACAUUUAUGCAACAGCUGUCCUUAUUUGGUAAUUUUUAAGGGAAAAUACAAAGUAAAAAUCAAAGCCAAGGAAUUCAGGUAAAUACUGCAUGAGUAUGUUUCCAGGUGUUCUGCCUAGUAGUAAUUUCUGUUUUACUCACAAUAUUUUCACAACUAACCCAGCCGUCAUCUCCAGGUGCAUAACAGCAAAACUAGCAGCACAUGGAGAAGAUGGCUGGAUCACCUGUAGAAAUAUUGUGAGUAAAAUGUAAGCAAUGUGGCAGAGUCCCCAGACUCAUAUGAUUAAUCAGUCAUACUGUGAAAGCUGAGAGAAAUCGCACGAUCAUGCACUAUUUACCUGAAUUUCUGCCGAGUUGCUGUUUCCAUUUUACACCCAAUAUUUCGACAACUGACCCAGCCAUCUUCUUUGGAUGCAUAGCAGCAAACCUUGCAGCACCCAAAGACGAUGACUAGGUCGGUUGUAGAAAUAUUGUGCGUAAAAUGGAAACAACAACUCGGCAGAACCCCUAGAAGCACAUUAUUAGUCAAUCAUGCCAAGAAAACCUGUGAGAUCAAAUAGCACACGUUUUCUGAUGUGAUUACAACAGAUGACACCUUUAUCAGUCCAAUACAAAAACUGAAAUGUGUGCCUUCCUUGACUUGUAUUGUGCUUUGAGAUGAACAACUUGUAAUUAUGUCUUAGGUGUUCUUUGACAACCUCUUCACAAAACAUUGCUUUACUGUCAAAGUGCUACUUCAUUAUGAUGCCAAUAUAAUACCUUGCAGCUGUAACACAAAUCCUGAAUACCGGUACACGUUUGAGGACUCUAUUCUUCACACAACCAGUUAGAAAAAACUUUAUCAACAAUUCUCUUACAGUAUGUGCUAAAGAGUGGCUUUUGAUCAGUCAGUUAUGCAGCAUUCUGUACAUAAUUUUUUUUUAAAAAAAGAAGCAGCAUAAAUUCAGAUGAAAUAACAGAAGGAAGACAAAACUGAUUCAAGUUAUAUUUUUUAGGACUAGAGAGAAAUUUCUGAUAUGUAUGUAUGUAUGUAUUUAUUUAUUUAUUUUGGUUACUAAAUAAUAACACUAAAGUACAAGUUUUGUCUCCUGAUUAGACUUCAAAAUGUUGCAUGUAUGCUAUUAAAUUUCUGAAUU